UUUGAAAUUCCUCGCUUUGCUUACGACACAGAGCUUGUUCUUGAGGCAGCAAAUGAAGCAUACUGAAAGGAUGGAACACUACUCAACAGUCCGGGUGUGAAGUCCGACAUCCUGGAGAGACUGUCUGAAAGUAUAUUCCAGUUUACAGCCUAUCCUUCAAGUCUACAGUAUACUCCAGUUUACAGACUAUCCUUCAAGUCUACAGUAUAUUCCAGUUUACAGCCUAUCCUUCAAGUAUAUUCCAGUUUACAGCCUAUCCUUCAAGUCUACAGUAUAUUCCAGUUUACAGACUAUCCUUCAAGUCUACAGUAUAUUCCAGUUUACAGCCUAUCCUUCACGUCUACAGUAUAUUCCAGUUUACAGCCUAUCCUUCACGUCUACAGUAUAUUCCAGUUUACAGCCUAUCCUUCAAGUCUACAGUAUACUCCAGUUUACAGACUAUCCUUCAAGUCUACAGUAUAUUCCAGUUUACAGACUAUCCUUCAAGUCUACAGUAUAUUCCAGUUUACAGCCUAUCCUUCAAGUCUACAGUAUACUCCAGUUUACAGCCUAUCCUUCAAGUCUACAGUAUAUUCCAGUUUACAGACUAUCCUUCAAGUCUACAGUAUAUUCCAGUUUACAGCCUAUCCUUCAAGUCUACAGUAUAUUCUAGUUUACAGACUAUCCUUCAAGUCUACAGUAUAUUCCAGUUUACAGCCUAUCCUUCAAGUCUACAGUAUGUUCCAGUUUACAGACUAUCCUUCAAGUCUACAGUAUAUUCCAGUUUACAGACUAUCCUUCAAGUCUACAGUAUAUUCCAGUUUACAGCCUAUCCUUCAAGUCUACAGUAUAUUCCAGUUUACAGACUAUCCUUCAAGUCUACAGUAUAUUCCAGUUUACAGACUAUCCUUCAAGUCUACAGUAUAUUCCAGUUUACGGCCUAUCCUUCAAGUCUAGAGAUAUGCCAAGUUGCAGAAGCCUUGGUACCAAAGCACCCGUACCUUAAAGAGCCAUACAGACUUAAAUACUUGCCUGUUUGACUUAAGGGUCAUCCAGGUGGCAAUGCAGCCUGAAGAAUAAGAUGGGCAAUUACGGAGAAAAACUGAGAAUAAUCGGAUGCCCAGAGCUGGAUGUGAACUCUAUCAAGAGAAAACCAACAGACGAAAGAACUCCGGCCAAGAAACUAAAAAAGCCAAAGGCAGAGGUAAAUGACCUCCCGCCCCAUCCCAUUGGUGAGACAGAAGAGACACGAAGAGACACUAGAGAAGGAGAGAGUAGAGCUACUCAGCGAUGUACAAAAACGAGACAACAGAAACAGUGCGAG